UUUUUUGAUACUGUUCAUUCCUCACGACCAUAUAUCUUAACGACAUUGUAUUUUUGUUAUACCUGUGCUUCGGAUUCUUCAUAUAUUUCCUUCAAUUACGACCGGUUCCACUUCAUUCGACUGCGGCGCAGCGCUGCGAAAUACUUCGACCUUGAAUCAUUUAAAAUUCAAGCUGGCAAAACGCAGUCUGUAUAAGAUUGCUAGUCAUCGUAGCAAGUUUCAAUGGUAAUGGAGAUAGGGCUUGUAAACGACUCAAUAUGGCGUAUUUCUGUUCUCCGUAGCCAAAAUUUACACCAGCUGCUUCACCGUCGAAGUAGCAAUAAUUUGAACGGCUGGAGACCGCUAGUCACGAUUUCCGUUGACCCUCAUUUGGGGCAUAAUCAUUGCGAAAUCCACGAGACAACCUUAGGAAGCGACGGACAGAACCCGAAUUCCAAGACGGGGCUAGAUAUUGAAAGUCCUCGUCCCAAUACCAAACUUUUAUUCGAAGUCGUUCACUUCCCGCAAGCUGCUAAAAAGAAGGCCCGAAGGCUGAACAAAACCGUUCUAGGGUCUUGUGUGUAUGAGAUGGGUGAAUUGGUCAGGCUAGCGAAGGAACAGGAACGUGGCUCUAAUGUUGAUACAAGUCUGAUUGAUGAGGAAGAGAUUUGGGAAUGGGAAUGGUGGGAGCGCCUGUUAUGCCUUUUUACAAUCUAUCGGGAACUCAGAAUUGCGGAAUACGAGGAAACUCGGUUGGGUAAUUCUUCCUUGGUGGAACUUGGUUCGAACACGAGUCCAAGGCUUUCCGGCGCAAGUUUGAGUUCCUUGUCUGCGGGGUUAGGUGACGCAGAAGGGAGCUAUCUCUCACUAAAAUUUAGUAUGUAUGAUAAGAUUUAUCAGCGGCUUCAGGUUGAGUGGACAUACAUUGGUACAUUACUGCUUGGAUUAGCUGCUAUCGACGCCGCAAUCUUUGCUAUAUCACCUUCCUCGUCUUCGCCUUCCUUCUCUGAUGUCGCUUCUGGCGCAAAAGCUGCCGACUUGGCAUCGUCAUCAUCCUUGUUCCCUGUUGACUCUUACGCUAGAGAGGCACACGUUCGUUAACCGUGCACGUCCUUCCUUGCCUUCUUCUUCUCAUGUUGAUUCUUCUCCCUUUACCCCUUCAUCAUCCCCCCAAAUCGAACAACCCACACCUCCAUAUCAU